CACGAGCGUUUGAACUCCGACAAUUACAAGCGAAACACGGUGGACCUCGCUAUAAAUAGCGGAGUACGAACGACUAAGAACGAGGGAAGAAGAGAUAAACGGAUAGAAGACUCACGGUGUGUGAUAGUGUUAGAGCACGAGAAGAACAGCGUCAUACACGUACGAUUUCGGAUUCAGUGAGAAACACGAAGGCCAACACACGGAAACAACGACAAGGGCUGGUAGAACGGCGCAGGAACUUGAAUCUCCCGCCGUGUGGAGUGCCAAUCGUCGAGCACCGUGGUCGUAGGUGUAUACCCGCCAAUCGUCCGUGAUGCUGCACGUGAAAACCUUCGCUGUCGCUGCAACAUCGCCACUAGUUGUCGAAAGUCUCCUCUCGUCGUGGUUGUUUCGCGUGUCCAGCAGCCAUGUUGUGUCCAGUGGUACGACCGGUAAACGCGUCCUUCACAGUAUCCCAAUAUCGCGUGAGGUCAUGCUCGAGAACUACCAGAAGGCGCACGAGAAGUACAGAUCGAAAAAGCUACCCCGAGACGUGAAUCCAAAGGGGGUGUUCGCCUGCAACGAGCUCGACCUAAAGGAGGUCCAGGUCUACGGAUUCGAUUACGACUACACGUUGGCCUGCUACAAACCCUCCAUGGAUUACUUGCUUUACAAUCUCGGCCGCGACAUGCUCAUCCAGAGGUACAAGUACCCGGAGGGAAUCGGCGGCCUCGAAUACAAGGAGGAUUUCGCUGUACGGGGUCUCCAUUACGACAUCGAAAAGGGUCUGCUGCUGAAGCUCGACAGCUUCUUGCAAAUUCAAUUCGGCGCCGUUUACCGGGGUUUACAUCCGGUCCCGGACGACGAGGUCCUCAGGCUCUAUAAGAACAGAAUAAUACCGAUCGCCUACGUGGAGGCGCCGCACAAGCACUCCCAUAAAGAGGCGCUGCACCGAACGAAGAUGAUUCAACUGGCCGAUUUGUUUUCGGUACCGGAAAUGGGGCUUCUGUGCAACGUCACGGAGUACUUCCUUCGGAAUCAUAUCGAUUAUCACCCCGAGAUACUCUUCAGGGACGUAAAGAAUUCUGUGCAAAGUUGCCAUCCCAUAAUGCACGGCAUGGUGGUGCAAAAUGUGUCAGACUAUUUGGAAGAGAAUAAGGAAUUAACGAAAUUCAUCGACCGACUUAAAAAGGCUAACAAAAAGAUGUUUUUAGUGACCAACAGCCCUUUCCACUUUGUUGAUACGGGAAUGAAAUUUUUGGUCGGUAAUAACUGGAAAGAUUAUUUCGACGUCGUAAUAGUGCAAGCAAGGAAACCGAAAUUCUUCACCGAAGAAUCUCGACCGCUCAGAAUUUACGAUGAAGUCAAUGAAACUCAGUUAUGGGAUCGGGUCACGAAACUCGAGAAAGGUGUGAUAUACCUUGAAGGAACAGUUAAACAAUUGCAAGACAUGACUGGUUGGCGAGGACACCAAGUCCUGUAUUUCGGGGAUCAUCCCUAUAGUGAUCUGGCGGAUGUAACUUUGGAACAUGGUUGGCGAACCGGUGCCAUAAUUAAAGAAUUAACUCACGAAAUAUCGACACUAAACAAUCCAAAGUUCAAAGAGAACGCUAAUUGGUUGCAAAUGCUGACUGGCCUGAUCGAGGAGCAUCAAGAUUAUGAAGGACCCGACGCUCAAGUAACGCUCAAUGAGUGGAUCAAGGAGAGGGAUCAGUUAAGGAACGACAUAAAGCGUGUCUUUAAUAAACAAUUCGGCUCUGUGUUCCGAACAUAUCACAAUCCCACGUAUUUUUCUAGAAGACUCUUUAGGUUCGCCGAUAUUUAUAUGAGCACGAUCACAAACCUGUUAGAAUACUCAACGAGUCACACGUUUUAUCCUAGAAGAGGCGUGAUGCCUCACGAAUACACCAGCUACUUCGUGUAAUAUAUAAACUUGCGUUUGAACACCCAGUUAGAUGUGUAUUUUCUACGUUUCUUUUUUUUGCAAAUCUGCUACGAGCUUACGGAACA